CAUCAUUCUCGCCUUACUGGGACAGCUGGCAUCGACUCCAGCUGUGUCACAGCCAUGGCUUCAAUAUUCGAAAGUCUCGAUAUCACGUUCCUUACAACACGUCGCCCUGGGAGUUCCCCAGAGCCAACAGCUCCCAGCAAACCCCAAACAAUCGCGGAGGCGUUACGAUUCUCCACUGGCGGACCGUCCAACGAGCAGAGGGCGAUCAAGCGGAGGAAAACCAACCAUGAUCAAAGCGCGGCAACGGAUAGCAGCCAUGGAUCUGAUUCAAAUCAUAGCAUUGUGCUUUCGCGCAUUGAUCUGGAUCUGAACUUCCCUGACGCUCAAAUCGAGUCCUUGAAAACGCACGGCUCGUCACGCCCUUCUAUCGAUCUAUCCCUAGAGUCCUACAAGCGACCGGAGCCAGACAUGCUCGCCAUCACGUUGUGGGACGCGACUGCAUCCACCGUGCUUGAAUUACAUGCGACAAGCACUUCCGCGAUCCUCGAUAAGAUUGGCCCACACCUAGAUUUUGCCACCCUUGUCGCUAUAACGAAGGAAGGCAAGAAGAGAAUAAACCGGACAAGGAUACCUUUUUGUCGCACAGUCUUAAUCGUGCCUGGGGUAAAUUGUCAGUCGGUUAAAUUGUGCAUCGAACUGAGAUGGCGUGUGGGCUUAUCUGCAGUCGAAACGCAAAGUUUAAGGGCCGGCGUUCGCGAGGAUUUGGCCAUACUAGAAAAUUAUCUUCCUGAUGCGACCGCCGCAGAGAGAACCCCCUGGGCCCUCUCUGAUUUCUUUUCUGCGGUCCAUGUUCCUCCGACCAACGAGUCAGUGUCUCCACGUAUUCAACAAAGCUUGGUCGAGACAGAGUUAUACCCUUUUCAACAACGAGCUGUAAAUUGGCUCAUACGGCGUGAGGGCUUCGAGCUGUCGGAGCUGGGAGACUUGAAGGAAAUUGCGUCGCCGUCCGCCUGGGCGCCAGUAUCCUUCAAACCUAUUAAAGAUGCUGCUGGUCGAGCAUGUUACGUUAGCCACCUGCGUGCAAUGGUCGUGAUAGAUCCCAACACUGUUUGGGAUGCUGCAAAACAACUUCGCGGUGGUAUACUGGCAGAGGAAAUGGGCCUUGGGAAGACGGUCGAGCUAAUCGCCUUGAUGUGUCUUAAUAAACGCAGGAUGCCUAAAGACAGCCCACCCAGCCCGAACCCACCAAACAGUUUGAUACCUUCUGCGGCGACCCUCAUCAUUACCCCUCCCUCCAUACUGGAGCAAUGGAAGAAGGAAAUCAACACACAUGCGCCCGAAUUGAAAGUGUUACACUACCAAGGAUUGCCGCCUGCAUCGGCGCCAAGCAAGGAGCACCAAGUGGCUACAGUGAACAACCUCCUCAAUUACGACGUAGUCCUCACAACAUACAACGUUCUGUCUAAAGAAAUACAUUUCGCAACUCCGGCCCCAGAUCGUUCCCUUCGGCAAGCACCGAAGCACGAGCGAAAAAUGAGUCCACUCGUGCAAAUUGAAUGGUGGAGGGUAUGUCUGGACGAAGCGCAGAUGAUUGAGAGUGGCGUGAGCCAGGCCGCACAAGUCGCAAGAAUCAUCCCACGAGUUAACGCUUGGGCAGUAUCUGGCACUCCCCUGCGCAAGGACAUACAAGAUCUUCGUGGACUAUUAGCGUUUCUAUGGUACGAACCGUUUGCAAGUUCCAGGCCAUUGUGGGACCGCCUAGACAAAGCUUCAUUCCGAGAAAUCUUUAACCGGAUUUCAUUGCGACAUACAAAAGACAGGAUCCGCGACGAGCUGCAACUCCCACCACAAAAACGCGUCGUCAUCACCGUACCUUUCACAGUAGUCGAAGAACAGAACUACAGCGACCUGGUGCGACAGAUGUGCAACGCCUGCUGGCUAACGCCCGACGGCGAGCCAACUCGGGAAGAUCGGAGCAUUGAUCAUCCGGAGGUGAUUGAACGCAUGCGCGAGUGGCUGAUGCGACUACGCCAGACUUGUCUUCACGCAAAUGUUGGCAAGCGCAAUCGACGAGCGAUGGGUGCCAGGAACGGACCACUGCGGACAGUGGGCGAAGUCCUCGAAGCUAUGAUUGACCAAAAUGAUGCCUCCUUGAAAGUUGAGAUUCGCGAAUCAAUUCUACUGGAACUAAAGCGCGGACAUAUACGAGCUCAUGCAAAUGAUGACCGAGAUCGAGUCGAUACUGCGUUAAAAUAUUAUCAUCGAGCGCUAACAGAAGCACAAGAUUAUAGGAAAGUAUGCCAGAAUGAAAUUAUCGAGGAAAAGAGAAAGCUCGGUCGCAAUGUACUGCCCUCGGACGACAUGUUUCUCGACCACGAAGAAAUCGAGCACGACGAGACAAACGGACGAUUAGUAGUCAAGCGCCGAAUGUUACGAUCGGCCCUGGAACUGGAACAUGCCUGCUUUUUCUACAUUGGAACCGUUCUUUAUCAGAGGAAGAUGGACGAAAAUCUGACGACGCCUGAUUCUGCACAGUUUAAUGCGUUGCAGAGCCAAGAAGAUGAGUGGUAUGGAAAGGCCAAGGCGGUCCGAAAGGAGCUGUUGAAAGAGUCGCAGACUCGCGCUCAGCGCCACAUGGCGCUUGCUAAUCUAAAAGCAUCUACGCCUCUACAAAAAAUACCUGAAUUUCUCGAUCUUGGAGGUAUUGAAAGUCGAAGAGUUUUAGAAACGAUCGAUGAGGUGACAGACAACAUGAACUCCCAAGUCACACAUCUUGAAGAUUGGCGAAAGAAAAUUGUAGACAUCCUGGCCGCACCACUCGUGGACCAAGAUGAAGACCAAGAGAUCACCGGAAACGAGUACGCAGAUUCUACCAAUUCCCAGGAUCAAUUGUAUGUCUACAUGAUGGCUGUACGCGCACUUAUAGCGGAUCGAAACAGGGUCGUAUCGGGUCUACACGAUCCCCUUGUUGACCUUGAGAUGAAAACAGCAGAGAGAGAUGCCAAGGGUGCAGAUCCAAACAAAUCGCGCGGGCAUGCACCAGAGCUCUUUCUCCAACUCGCACAGACGCGCCGCACUCUUCAACCAACGUCCAAUAUCGGUUCUCUGAAAGGUGGAGUAUCUGCCUUGCGUUCUCUCGUCAGUUCGCUGCAACGGCGAUCUGGUACAGGAGAUGACCGAGCGUCUGCAGAGUUAGCCAUCGCAGAGAAAUACCUUGGGCGCUUACAAAAACUUGUGUCCGAGCAGUCCAAGUUGAUCGCGGAUUUGGAGAAGGAAUUGGACAUGUUCCGUACUACGAUGAACUCUCGUUUGGAGUAUUACCGGCAACUUCAACAUAUCUCCGAUACAGUUGCACCUUGGAAGGAGGAGCUUGAUCCCGUGUUUGAUUACCUGGAGUAUGAAAGGCAGAAACACGCCCAGGAGGCAAGGCAGAAGACUCUGGCGGGACUGAAGACCAAGCAAGCGUACCUGACGAACCUUCGGCACGAGGGCGAAGAACAGGAGAUGAAGCAGGAGUGUAUCAUCUGUCAAGAUGUAUUUGAACAGGGUGUAUUCACUUCCUGUGGACAUCGGUACUGCACAGACUGCAUCAACCAAUGGUGGCAAGAGCACCGCACAUGCCCGCUGUGCAAACAAAAGCUGCAUUCGCGAGACUUCAAACAAAUCACCUUCAAGCCAAGCGAAGUCACAGCACAGGAGGAGAUGCACGGGAACGGUAGCGCGUCGCACGCGUCCAGCCCCUCGUCCACGACGUCUUCCAUCUAUUCCGAUAUGAGCGAGACGACGAUGCGAGAAAUCAAGAUGAUUGACUUGGCAGGAUCGUACGGAUCGAAGAUUGACAUGAUCGCUAGGCACCUUCUUUGGAUCCGAAACAACGAUCCGGGCGCCAAAACAAUCAUCUUCUCACAGUUUGGCGACUUCCUCCAGGUGCUGCGCACGGCUUGCAAGCAGUGGAAAAUCGGCACGAGCAGCAUCCACGACAAGGACGGCAUCCAAAAGUUCAAGCAGGACCCGAGCAAGGGGUGCUUCCUGCUGGAUGCCAAAUCGGACUCGUCGGGACUCAACCUGGUGAAUGCGACGUAUGUCUUCCUCUGCGAGCCGCUCAUCAACCCUGCCAUUGAACUGCAGGCGAUUGCACGGGUGCAUCGCAUAGGACAGCAGCGGCCGACGACCGUCAUCAUGUACCUGGUGAGCAACACGGUCGAGGAAGCCAUCUACGACAUCUCGGUGGCGCGUCGGAUGGAACACGUGGAUCGCAGCAUGCUGAGCUCUCCAGCCAGUGCUUCUGGAAGCACGAGUCCGAUGCUGCACGAAAAGAUGAUUGACAAGGCCAACUCGGCAGAGCUAGAGAGCACGCCAGUGAAGCAAUUGCUACGCAGGGCGGGAGACGGAGAAGUGGUGGGGUCGGAUGAUUUGUGGGGGUGCUUGUUUGGGAAGAAGGGCAAGGUCAGAGAUGGAAAGAGCGAGGCUUUGGGCAAGGAGGUUGGGCGGCAUCUUCGGGGUGUAGCAGCGGAGACCAGGGCUCUCGAGGCGGCGAUGGAGGGGUUAUCUUCGGCGUCGUCGUCUUGA